AUGAGAGCUCUUCCCAUUCUUACCAAUCUCGCAGCUUUGGCAGCUUGCUCAGCUGCGGCAGCCAUAUCCUCGAGACAGAGCGCGGGAGCAGCCACGGUCGAUGUCUCUCAAACUACAGGACAAGCCGCCUUCCUUGGGUCCGGCUUCAUAUAUGGCUUCCCGGACAAUGGACAGGAUGCCGACAACUCGAUUCCCGACCACUUCCUCACCAAUAUCAAAUUCAGGACGUGCCGCGCUGGCGGUGCGCAGAUUGCUGCUUCCGGCUGGGCAAUCGGAGGUGAAGAGGGCUACCGUGGCCGUUUCGAUUCAACCCUUUCUAACUAUCGUACCACUCGCAAGUACAAUGCGGACUUCAUCCUUCUCCCCCACGACAUCUGGGGCUCUCAGGGCGGCUCGUCUGCUGACUUUCCCUUCCCGGGCGAUAACGGGGAUUGGUCUGGGAUGGAAGCCUUCAUCCGCCGCCUCAUCUCUGAUGUGAGAGCUAACAACAUGCUCGACGGUCUAGUGUUUGAUCUCUGGAACGAACCUGAUCUCGAAGGCUUCUGGAACCGUCCCUGGUCUCAAUACGUGGAGUAUUACGUUCGAGCUUCUCAACUACUGAGGAAUGAGAUGCCCGAGGCAAGAAUCAGCGGGCCAUCAUCAGCCCAUUCACCAAGCCAAGACAGCGCCAACUGGAGAACGUGGAUGCAAGCUGUCGCCCAGGGCAAUGUGGCCCCAGACAUCUACUCAUGGCAUCAAAUCGGGGCAUGGGAGCGAGAACCCGAUACUACUGUGCCUGCCCUUCGCGCUCUUCUAGCCGAGUAUGGGCUCCCGGAGAGGCCAAUCGACGUCAACGAGUACGCCUGGCCGGAUGAACAAAACCCUGCUAACUCGGCUUACUACCUUGCACAAUUGGAGCGCCACAACAUCCGCGGGCUGCGCGCCAACUGGGAGGGCGGCGAGAAUCUGCACAACUACCUGGGCAAUCUUGUUGCCAAGAACGAUCAGGGUUAUUAUCCCAACGGAGAAUGGCAGCUUUACAAGUACUAUGCAAACAUGGUUGGAGAGCAGGUGUUGACAGCCGCAUCUUCAGACCUGAAGUUUGAUGCUUUCGCCGUCUUGUCGAAUGGGUACUUGAAGAUCCUUGCGGGCACCAGGACCGUUCAAAACCGCUAUGAUAUUGUCCUCAAGGGCUUGGCCGAACUUGGACUCCCUGCACAGGGGACGUUGGAAGUUCACAGGUAUCAGUUCGACUGGGGCGGUGCUCAAGGACUUGUCUAUGAUGCCCUUGACCUCGGCUCAUUCACGUACAGCUACUCCGCUGGCGAGCUUACCAUUCCACACGACCCGCCAACUGCUGCAACGGCAUUUGCUUACGAGAUCAAGCUCACCUAA